AUGGAGACGGAAGUCCAUACCAAUUACUCCUACAUGGGACGGAAAUUCAGUAACAUCAGCCUUUCAAACGACGAUUCCGCCGCUUUCAGCGAUUGUAACAGUGACCGAUCAGGUGAGUUCCCGACCACGUCGGCGACCAGGCGUCUUCUCCUCGCUUGUGCUACUGAAUCGUCGGAUGAUCUAAUUCAACAGCUGGUCUCCGAUCUAGAUUCGGAUUCGAUUGAAGAUCAGAAGCAAGCAGCGAUGGAGCUCCGGUUGCUCGCGAAGAAUAAACCGGAAAACCGAGUUAAGAUAGCGAGAGCCGGGCAAUCAGGCCGUUGA